AUGGAGUGUUGCGGAAUCCGCAAUCAGUUGAAUGUUACAACGUGUGGCCCAUCCACGCGUAGCUCGUCGUCGUCGAUUAAAACUUCGGCGCUUCAAAGCAAACGAAUCAGUUGGGAAAAAUCAUCGAAAAAAGGAGCCGUAUCCUGUUAUCCAUCAUCAUCAUCAUCAACAACAACAACAACAACAACAGGAACAAGGAGUAAUCAGAGUUGCAACAGCUGGAACGCAUCUUUGCCCUCCUCUUCGCGCGCAUUCGCGAUGGGAUCAGUCUCGCUUUCGUCAUCUUCAUCAUCAUCUUCGUCAUCUACCGCUCGCGCGUUUACUUAUUUUUCAGAAGCAGAACUCAGCGGGGGCAAGGUGAGGGAGAAGAAAUCUGGCUUCGAGCCUGUCGCGGAUAGCGGUAACGGCGGUGGUGACAACAACAACGGUAAUGAUAACAAUAACAAUGGUGGUAAUGGUGGUAGUAGCGGCGGUAAUAGUGGAAAUAGUGAUGACAGCGAAGAGAACGAGAAUGAAGCCGAUAAUAAUAGCAGCGCUCUUUCAAUAUCGGCUUCUUCUUCAACAGACGGCUCGAUUCCAACAUCAAAAGUCGAACAGCUGUGUAAAGAACACAAAGCGCCUUUACCUGAGGAUAUGCUCACUAUGAUUCGAACGUCCAAUGGCGUUUCUGCUGCUGUUCUGAUGCGUUGGUUCGACCUCGCGAACUCGAAAUCUUUCUUCAUGAAGCACGUGGUAUCAAAAUUUGCGUUUUUUCGUAACCGAGCGUUGAUGGAUGCGAGUUUCAGUCGUCGGCUCUUUACAGAUAUCUCGAUUGAUGUUGCCUUAUUAUCAUUCAUAGAGUUUAUGAGAGUGCGCGCGAGAUCACCGUCGUUGUCGUCGUCUUCAUCGUCAUCCUCCAAGAAUAGCAAAAAGAAUAGCAUCAACAACAAUAAAAAGAUGUAUAAGAAGUCGGGAGGAGCAGGACCCGCCCCGCCUUCUUUUUGGGACGAGUGGGAAUUUUUCGCGUGUGAUAUUCUCGCGGCUAUCGGCAUGAACGCGGCUAUUGUGAGCUUAGUUUCACCGGCUAUCCGCACAAGAGGAUCGAUCGGUCUGAACGCGUUCACGGCAACGCGAAAACGAGGUAGAUCCGUAGCGUUUCUCACGAUCUCGGCACAAGUUGGCGUGUGUUGCUAUGCCAUGGGAUUUGUCAUGCAAACGUUGGCGGAAGUUUUAUACGACGCUCGAACGUCUUCAUCUUCGUCUUCUUCAAUUGGAGAGGGGAAGAUGGCGACGGCUCAACGAGUCGGGAAGCACUUUGGUUCGUUUGCAGCGACGAGCUCUUCUCCGCGACAGCACGCCGUGCUCGCAGUUGAACGAUACGUAGAGAAAAAGGUAGCCGGGGCCGCGAUGGUGACAACAUCUGUGGUCUUGCGCGCAUCCAACUCCGUAUUCGGUAGUCGAGAAUUUCAAAAGCAGCAGCGACAACAUAUUGUUGCGUAA